CCUAGAUCUCAUUUUCUCUGAAGUCUGAACAUAGAGUACACAAAUGAAAAUGGGAAUGAAUCUAGACGAAAUUACAAUCUUACACCACCUCAUUGGCUCGUGUAUAUAAACCUUCUCUGCUCUUCCUUCUCCUUCGUACUACCACCACCACAUCUCUCUAACGGUAUCCGUUACUAUCAACCUUCAGACAGAAAGAUGGAAUCUUUUUUGUUUACCUCCGAGUCCGUCAACGAGGGACACCCCGACAAGCUCUGCGACCAGAUCUCCGACGCUAUCCUCGACGUUUGUCUCGAGCAAGACCCUGAAAGCAAAGUCGCUUGCGAGACAUGUACCAAGACCAACAUGGUCAUGGUCUUCGGCGAAAUCACCACCAAGGCUAACGUCGACUACGAGAAGAUCGUCCGCAAGACUUGCCGUGAGAUCGGUUUCAUCUCCGACGACGUCGGACUAGACGCUGACAACUGCAAGGUCCUCGUCAACAUCGAGCAGCAGAGUCCUGACAUCGCUCAAGGUGUCCAUGGUCACCUUACCAAGAAACCAGAGGACAUCGGAGCUGGUGACCAAGGUCACAUGUUCGGUUACGCCACCGACGAGACUCCCGAGCUCAUGCCGCUAAGCCACGUGCUCGCGACCAAGCUCGGAGCUAAACUCACUGAGGUUCGCAAGAACGGGACUUGCGCGUGGCUGAGACCUGACGGUAAGACGCAAGUCACCGUUGAGUACUUAAACGAGAACGGAGCUAUGGUCCCUGUCCGCGUCCACACUGUUCUGAUCUCGACCCAGCACGAUGAGACCGUGACCAAUGACGAGAUCGCAGCUGAUCUCAAGGAGCAUGUGAUCAAGCCUGUGAUCCCGGAGAAGUACCUUGACGAGAAGACAAUCUUCCAUCUCAACCCAUCUGGUCGUUUCGUCAUCGGAGGUCCUCACGGGGACGCUGGACUCACCGGGCGUAAGAUCAUCAUCGACACUUACGGUGGUUGGGGCGCGCACGGAGGCGGUGCCUUCUCCGGGAAGGACCCGACCAAGGUCGACAGGAGUGGUGCCUACAUCGUUAGGCAAGCGGCUAAGAGUAUUGUUGCCAGUGGGCUAGCGAGGCGUUGCAUUGUGCAGGUCUCGUACGCUAUUGGUGUCCCUGAGCCGUUGUCUGUGUUUGUGGACAGCUACGGAACUGGGAAGAUACCAGACAAGGAGAUUCUUGAGAUUGUGAAGGAGAGUUUUGACUUCAGGCCGGGGAUGAUUUCGAUUAACUUGGAUUUGAAGAGGGGUGGUAAUGGUAGGUUCUUGAAGACUGCUGCUUAUGGUCAUUUCGGAAGGGACGAUGCUGACUUCACCUGGGAGGUUGUGAAGCCACUCAAGUCUAACAAGGUCCAAGCUUGAAGAAAACUUGAACUAGUUCUCUCAGGUCUUGCCUCUGUUUCAACUAAAGAGAUGGGUCUAUUCUUUUUCCUUUUUCAAUAUAAGCAGUUGAGAAUUUAUAUUAUUAUUAUUUAUUAUCAUAUGUUAUUGUUGUGGUAAGAAAGUUAAAAGUCAUAUUUUGUAUUUCUUGUUUCUUUUCAGAAGAGAAUUUAUAUAAAAGAUUAUAUUCAAUAUUAUCAUCCUUGUAUUCA